GCUGCUAUUAACACGUGCUUCGGUUGAGGAGUCGCAAGGUCGAAUAAGAUUAACAGAAAAGCACAUCAACGGCAUCAAGUCGAGCUGAAACAUUGGAGAAAAUUCUUAUUACCGAUCUCAACUGAAGCAUGUGAAUAAGUUUUGAAGUAUAAACUUGUUUCAUUUUCUACCGUCAUGGGUAUACUGGAAGAAACAAAGCCUCGGACAAACGGGGGAGCCGUUGACAUGUGCAUGAAAAGAAGUUCCCCUUCCAACCAAAUGUUGGUGGCCGCUGCCUCCCUCCUCCAUUCUGAGGGGCUUGCCUGCACCUCUACCUCCAGUCUCAUAAUACCAGGCAUGGCCACCACCACAAUGUCCGAUAUUACUACCAACAUCAUCUCGCACAACAUCCACACCAUCGCUGGCCUCAGCUCCCCACAUCUUAAUGUUUCUCAGGCUGGAGGAAGAACUUCCCCACGAGAACGGACGUCUCCCAAGUCCCCCAGAUCCCCUAAGAACACCGUGUCCAUCAGGCCGACGGCUGAAACAAUUUCAAGAGCCCAGUCAAUCCUAAGCAUUCAGAAUCUGACCAAGCAGCUUUCGCCACCGAUCACCAAGAAAUUCCACGACACCCUCGUACAAAUGGUGACUUGCGCGCAAUCUAUGUCGUCGACAACCGCGUCAACAUCGUCGACAACUUCUCCACCUCAUCAUAAUCAUCGUCCCCUGUCACCUGCUUUCAGUCCAUCUAACGACACACACUCGCUGGCCCAUAUGAAGCUAUCUCUUCAUCACAAUGCUUCAAGAAGUGCCAAAAAGAAAAGGCCGGGGCCCUCUGAACAGGACAUCGAAUUGGACGUCGAUGUCGUUGAAACAGAUUCUGAAUUAGAAACUGAGUCUUCAUCGUCCGUUUCAAAAAUGGAAGAUGAAUCUUCGACGCCAAAUGAUGGGACGGGCGCGUUGCUCGAGUGUUGCGACGACACCCCGGACGAUAAUGGAGCUGAAGAUGGCGAAGAUUGUGGCGAGGGCGGCAGUAAUGGAGACGCCGCUGGACCCACAAAAAGGAAGCAGAGACGCUAUCGCACUACCUUCACCUCUUAUCAGCUCGAGGAGCUGGAAAAAGUAUUUUCUAGGACUCACUAUCCCGACGUUUUUACCAGGGAGGAGCUGGCCAUGAAGAUCGGCCUGACGGAAGCUCGUAUUCAGGUGUGGUUCCAAAACCGACGAGCGAAAUGGCGGAAGCAGGAGAAGGUUGGCCCUUCCAGCCACCCAUAUGGGGGGACAUUUCCCCCCACUUCCCCAGUUCCUCUGCAUCCCCCUCCUCUGCCUGCCUCUUUUGGAGGGGCGGGGGGAGGUUACCCUCACUUCCCAACCCAUCCCUCACUGAGGGGCGGCAAGUCCCUCGACUCGUCGAGGCUAUCGCCAUACCUCGCCUCACCGCCGCCAUCUUUGUUGCAUGCCUCCUACCUGCCUCCUAAUAUGGCCUCCCUUGCCCUCUUCAGGGACUUACCCUCAGCCUACCCUCGUCCUCCGCCCCUCCCUACCCUCUUGCACGCACAAACCCCCUCAUUUACCUCCGUCCUCGCCCACCUUACCCACCGAACUAAACUCGACCCUUACUACUUCCCCCCAUACCUCGCCCACCUCACCGCCCUGCCCCCCUCUUCCCCUGUCCUCACUCCACCCUCACCCUCCUACUCCUCCCCCUUGCCCUCCACGUCCUCACCCCCCAUGAGUGUCGUGGGACUCAUCACGCCCCCCGGGGUCAGUGUCGAGGCCGAGAGGCGCCAGGCGUCACUUCACGACCUCAGGCUUAAGGCGCGCAACCAGGAGGUGCGCCUUGAGCUCCUGCGCAAGGCGGGCGAGAUCACCGCCUGAGACACCGCUUGAGACACCGCUUGAGACACCGCUUGAGACACCGCUUGAGACACCGCUUGAGAUACCGCCUGAGACACCGCCUGAGACACCGCUUGAGACACUGCUUGAGACACCGCUUGAGAUACCGCCUGAGACACCGCUUGAGACACCGCUUGAGACACCGCUUGAGACACCGCUUGAGACACCGCUUGAGACACCGCUUGAGACACCGCUUGAGAUACCACAUUGUCCUAAAUAGUGACUCACUUUACGAACGUAGCACUGAUGCACUCUUUUGUUGCGCCAAUUUUUGUCAGGGUGACCCAAACAGGCGUCAAGAAGCGCAGCGUUAUUUAUACUAAUUCUCAUUUAUUUAUCUGAGUAUAGUUUGUCUCGUUUUAAGUUCCGACUGGAGAAUCUUACAUGGAAGACCAAAUCAAACAUGAAUUUAUUGGUUAUAAUUUAUGAAAAGUUGAUCAUAUUAUAAAUAUAGAAUGAACUUUUUGGUUGAAAACUUCUAAAAUUUAAUCAUAUACCAUGGCCUUUUUAGUUGGAAUUAAGAAAAUAUAAUCCAACACCGGAGUUUUAAUACGAAUAGAUAUUAAUCAAUAAAAGUUACAGCAUUAAAAGAUUAAAAUAACGUUGACUUUGCCUCGCGUCGUUCCAUUUUUACUGGAGGCUCACCGAUGUCAAUAAAAAAUUAAAACAUGUAAAUAUAGUGUGACUGUAAAUUCUAUUUACAUAAUGAACAUAAAAGAGUUACGAGUGUUACUAUAGCCAUUAAUGAUAUACAAUAUAAAUAUCUAUGUACAAAGAUGUUGUUCUAUAUUUACUUAUUAAAUAACUGACAUUAGAAGUGACGGUAACAGGAUAAAUGUUAAUUGUAAAUUUAAAAAAUAGUAAAUGAUAAUUGUAUAUAAAUAACGUGAUGUAAUAUAGGUGACUGGAUGACGAAAUUUAUUCUAGAUUAAGCAUUUAAAAGUUAAUUGUUAGACUGUUUACUUAACAUUUCGUGUGUCCUCUAAAAAAAUUAGAGCUGCUGGCCGACCACUAGCUGGUUGACCAAAAACCUUCGUUUAACCGUCGGUGAUUUUUAAUUGGGUGUUCAUACGACAUAUAAAUAUAUAGCUAUAAGUUUGACAGUGAAGCCUUGCACUAUUCCGUCCAAUAUAUAUAAAUUAAGUAUAUUUAUUGCAUAUAAUAUCGCUGUAUUAUAUGCAUCAUAUAACAACGCUGUAUUUUAUGUAUAGAAAUAGAACUACAUGACUCCGCUCAGACUGCAACGAUGUCACUUCUACGAGAUGUUGAUUUAAAAACCCAUCUAAAUUGAAGCCAUUGCUCUGUCAACCAUUUUUUAGUAGAGGUCGUUUAUAAUUGGUAUCAGAAUCGAGAUUAUUGUUUUGAUUGAAAUAGUUGAAUAAUCAAUCAAAGUCAUUUCACAAAUAUAUAGUCAAGGGAACCGCGAGACCUCGAACAGUAUUGACUGUUUUUGUGGGAAUUUUUCGCUAAGUAAGUUCACCUCAACGCCACUCAUAAAUGAGAUAAAAAUAUAAAAUUUCCUAUGUCUAUACGACUAUUUGUUUGCAAUAAGUAGACAGAAAACUAAAAUGCUUUAAUUUUUUGUUUGGCAAGAAAAUUUCACAUCUUGUGAGAUUCGAGUUGCCAAAUACUGACCUAUUUUACGCGUAUAUUUUGACGCGAAAUACGUGCGCAAAGGAUGAUUGUUUCUGCCGCAUGCGUUGUAUAGGAGCAAGGGGAGUUGUUUUCAGCACGCACAUUGAUGGAAGCUAUGACGAUUUUGCCAGUCCAACAUGAGAGACGUAAGCAAAACCUGUAAAUUUGGUUAUGGUAAUAACUUUCUUCUGCUUGCUAAUAAAAUUUUUCUUAUUACGUAUAAUUAUUGAGGCUAUUUCAUUGUCCCUUAAACUUGCAACUAUCAAUUCUUAUUUAAUAUUCAUGCUAUUUUACCGUCAUGCUGUCGAGGCCGUAGAUUCUUGGUUUUUAAACGAUACUUGGUUUUUUUAUUUUAAUACUGCAGGUAUUAUAUCUACGCACUCAUACAAUGCAAAAAAUGAAGAGUUUUUACAAUUCAUAAAGUAAUUAUUGACGUUGCGUGCGUAGAAGAUUUGGGUUCUCUUGGCCGUAUUUACAUGCAAUGUUACGAUGCUUAUUAACCUGUCAUUUCUAUAUUCAUUCACGCGUCUCUACAAAAGACGAAGCCUAUAGGGUCGUCACUACACUUAAGUUUGUCGGAACAACUUUUUAACUUGCAGAGCGCAGGCCAACUCGCUUUAUAUGCUGUUUCUUUGCAACAUUGAAUCAAUAAAUGAAUGUGUG